AUGGCCGACCUCAAAGACGACCUGACCGAGAAAGCCCACUUCGACCCUAAUUGGAUCGCCUGGAAUGGAGGGACCUUACACUCGAAUAAUGUACUCUUCUAUUUCGCGACGUCCCCAUUCUUUGAUCAUGUCUCGGGCAACCAGUCGCUCUUCACCCAGUGGGCGGGCACGCCAAACCAGAAUGACAUCCUCGGCACGAGGGCGAAAUUUGAGGCCAACCUGCGACAUCAGCGCGGUAUCCAGUAUGUCGUCGAACAUGAUCCUCUGGAGGAGCAAGUUGUCCUGGACGGACCGAACGGGCCCGAGAAGUCCAAUGUCUGGGUUAUUCGCAAGCAGAACCGUGAAAAUGAGCGAGACGACAGCAUUACGAUCUUGGGCUACUACUACAUUGUCAACAACGUAAUCUAUCAAGCGCCUUCAGUUGCCAGCGUUCUGAACUAUCGUCUGCUGAAUACGGUUUCCGCGCUUAGCAAAGUAUUCACAGCUCCAGCAGACCUAUCCUUCUUUUCAGUCGCUCAUGGCCAUACUUACCAUAAACCUAUCCAGCAGUCGGCACCACAAAAUAUCCUGAGUGCCUCACAGCAGGGUAAUGAACCACCGCCAACACCAGGAUCAGCACCGGCGCCUCAGCCUGCUACUACCGAGAAAGCUGCAGCCCCUCCCGAAGCACAGGAGGAAACCAAUGGCGGGAGUCGAACAGCUUGGGAUGCGCUUCGAUUGACAUUGCAGUUCGGCAAGGAAUACGUGGAUGAGCUUCCACUAGUGGGCGAACCAGGAAACUUCCGAUUCUCGAAGAGCAGAGAUGCCAAUAUGACAGCUGGCCAGACCAGAGGUCAAGGCCUAGCCACUCCUACCGGAACCCCUAGUCAAUCCCGAGCAGCUUCGGCCAUGCCUGUGACAUCUAGCAACCAGCCUGCGGGUACCAAGGGCACUAGGGCGCCAGAAAAAAUUGUGACGCUAUCUGAGGGAGCAGCAAAGGAUCUCAAGCAGCAAAAGUUCACGAUCGAUGCCGAGCCAUCGGACACAAUCGCGCAGGUGAAAGAGAAGAUUGCCGCAGAGAAAGGAUGGGAGUCCUCGCAGCAGAAACUCAUCUAUGCUGGCAAGGUCCUCGCCGACGCCAACACUGUCGAAUCAUACAAAAUUGAGGAAAAGGGUUUCAUUGUUUGUAUGAUAUCAAAGCCAAAAGCUGCUCCUGCGGCCAAGUCUGGCAGUCCCUCUACGCCAGCUCCGUCAACCUCGACCUCGACCUCCACACCCGCCGCACCAGUUGCUCCUCAACCCAACCCGUCUACAGUUUCAAAUCUACCCUCAACGCCCACGCCUGCCCAAAGCACAACCACGUCGGCCGCCGCUGGAUCUGGCUUCAACGACCCAUCGGCGUUCCUGAUCGGGAAUCGCAACGAAGCGACCAUUCGUGAGAUGGAGGCCAUGGGAUUUCCCAGGCCAGAAAUAGACCGUGCACUACGGGCGGCUUUUUUCAACCCAGAUCGAGCCAUCGAGUAUCUGCUGAGUGGUAUCCCCGAUAACAUUCAGUCGGAGCAAAGACAAGCGGCCACGGGAGCCACCGCAUCGAAUCCGGCAUCACCCCCUGCACCCCAGCCUGCUCAGCCUGCUCAACCCGCCCAGCCCGCGCAAGCCGCCUCGCCUACUGGGGACGAGCCCAUCAACUUGUUCGAAGCGGCAGCACAGGCCGGUCGGCCAGGAGGUGGAAGAAGAGCCCCAGCAGGAGGUCAAGGAGGGGUAGCGACAAACAUGGAUUUCCUGCGAAACAGCCCGCACUUCCAGCAACUCAGACAAUUUGUCCAGCAGCAACCUGCGAUGCUCGAACCUAUCUUGCAGCAACUUGCCGAGGGUAAUCCCGAGCUUGCACAGAUGAUCGGUUCAAAUCAGGAUCAGUUCCUUCAGCUGCUGGCGGAGGAUGCUCAAGAUACUCUCCCGCCUGGAGCAACCCAGAUCCAUGUGACCGAGGAGGAGCGAGACGCUAUCGAACGGCUCUGCCGGCUUGGCUUUCCCCGUGAUCAGGUCAUCCAGGCCUACUUUGCUUGUGACAAGAAUGAGGAACUAGCUGCGAACUUCCUCUUCGAGCAGCCUGAUGACGAAGAGCAGUGA